AUGGCAAGAAAGAUAGCAAAUGAACUCCAGGAGUAUAUGAACGAGAUCGAGAAAAUCAUAGAGAGCGAUAAAACACCCAGGGAAAGGAUUAACUCAAAGAGAAGGAAAAUGCAAAGACUUGGCGGACAUGUAAAGAAGCACCCCACUCCGCUCAAUCGCAUACUGGAAAGGAUAGAAAGAAGAAAGGCAAGUGUGAUUGCCGAGAGGGAGAGGAUGGAGUCCAUGGGGAUUUCCAAGAAGAAAAAGAGAGCUAGAUGA